AUUUCAACCUCUUAAAAAACCAAAAUGAAGAUAUGUUCAGAUCUUGAAACAAAAAAAAAAAUCUACAGAUUUAUCAUCUCCAUCUACAAUGGGAAACUGUCUAAAACCUUCCAAAGAACAGGCUCCUCCAACUUCUCCCAAGCCUCUUAACAUCCCUUCAAUUCCAGAGCUGGAAAACGAGAAUCUGAGAGUCUUCAGCUCCAAGGAAGUGAAGAAACUAACAAAGAAAUUCGGACAUAAUAGGCUUGUAGUUGACAAUAAUGGUAUCGGUCGAUUAUUCUACCAGGGAUACAUCAAUGAGACCACAUUUUCUCCAUCUAAAAACGGAACAGGACUCGCUGUUUCUGUCAUGCACUGUGUUCUACAUAGUUCCGAGGAACUAGAAGAGUGGAAGGCAGAAAUUAGGUGCCUAGGAAAGAUUUCUCAUCCAAACUUGGUCAAACUAUUAGGCUAUUGCUGUGAAGUUAAAGAAUCACUCUUGGUUCUUGAAUGCUUCCACAAAGGAAGUCUUGAAGCUCACAUUUUUGGAAAAGAAGAAGAAACCUUGCCUUGGGAAAUACGGCUUAAGAUAGCCAUUGAAACAGCUCAAUGUCUUGCAUUUCUCCACUCGGUUAAUAACAGAGCGUUAUCUCGAGAAUUCGGAAUGCAUGACAUUUUCCUUGACGAGCACUACAAUGCGAAACUGUUUUAUCUUGGAUCGAACGAGCUACGCUUGUUUGAAGAUAGUAUCUCGACCGCAUUCAUUGGAAGAACUGAUUACACACCUCCUGAAUAUGUAAUCUCAGGUCAUUUGGGCAUGAAGAGCGAUGUCUAUACAUUUGGUGUGAUCUUGAUUGAGCUUUUAACUGGUUUAAAAGCUUUCCGUAGAGGAGCGAGAGACAUAAAAAGUGCCAUCUCGGCUAAACCUUUCUUGUCCGAUAAGAAUAAAAUCAUGAGUAUAAUCGAUCCAAGACUUGGAAACGACUAUCCUGUCAAUGCGGUGAUACAAAUGGGAAAACUCAUCAAAAGAUGCAUCAAGUUGGACACGAAGAAGAGACCAACGAUGCAACAAGUUUUGGAUGGUUUGAAUGAUAUCCGCAGAUAUUAAGGACUAAUGUGUAGAGUUGACACUGAAAAUGUUUAUUUGUAAUAAUCAUUUUCAACUUCAACAAUACAUAAUUCUCGCUUAACAAGUUAGACAUCUGCAAGAUGUAAUGGAAGAUUAG